AUGGAGGACUUCGGGCCGACGGACGCCGCCAAGCUGGCCUGGGUACUUGCGAAGCUGCAGAUCCGGGAGCGCGGGGAUCUCUGGGUGGCACUCUCCAAGGAGGCGGCGCGAAAGAUCUGCACCAGCGGGCGCUUCAUCGACAUCUCCAUGACCGCCUGGGCCUUCGCCAAGGCGGGCAUGGCGGAGCGGAUCCUCUUCGGACAGCUGGCCUCGGCGGCCAUGAGCUGCCAGGAUCUGCCCCCGCAGCUCGGCGGCCGGGCGCGUGGCGCGCAUACCAUCGCGAACCUCUGCUGGGCCUUCGCGAAGUCGAAGAAUCACAACCCCCAGCUCUUCGAACUGUUGGCAAGGAGGUCCAUCGAAUCCUGCCACGCCUUCGACCGCCAAAGCGUGUCGAAUUUGGUCUGGGCUUAUGCCACGCUGGAUGUAUGCAACGAAGAGCUCUUCGCGGUCUUCGCAAACUAUGCGAUCGACAGCGGGCUGUGGCGGGACUUCUCCCCGCAGAUGGCCUCCAAUAUGCUCUGGGCCUAUGGGAAGGUGGGCAUUGCGCACAUGCGUCUCUUCGACACCUUCGCGGAGUUCGUCGCCAUCAACAUCGAGUCCUUCGACAAUCAGAACAUUGCCAACACUGCCUGGGCCUAUGCCACGACUCAGCUGCCAAGCGAGCAAGUCUUCGACCUCCUCACGCGCCGCGCUUUGGGGCGCCUUGCCACCUUCCGCCUAGAUGAGCUUUGCGGCCUCAUGUGGGCCUAUGUGAGGGCGAAGCCGGACACUGUCGCCUUCAGCCCCAUCUUCGAGGAGGCGGUGCAGCUGCUGCUGCCGCGGGUGGCCACGUUGGACCCGCAGAGCGUGGCCAACGUGAUUUGGGUCCUCGCCACCUGCCAGCAGCUGCGCUCCGAGCCGGUGCCUGGCGCCAGGGAGUUGGUGGUCUCCGAGAAGAUCGGCUCGGGCUCCUUCGGGGACAUCUACAUGGGCACCAACAUCACCACGGGGGCCCCGGUGGCCAUAAAGCUGGAGUCCGUGCGAGCGCAGCACCCCCUGCUGGUCUUCGAGUCCAAACUCUACAAGCUGAUCUCCAACGGGGUGCAGAUUCCGGCGGUGCACUGGUAUGGCGUGGAGGGGGAGUACAACGUCAUGGUCAUCGACUUGUUGGGCCCUUCUUUGGAGGACCUCUUCAACUUCUGCGACCGGAAGUUCUCCCAGAAGACCAUUGCGGCCAUCGGCCAGCAGAUGAUCGACGCCAUCGAGUACGUGCACUCCAGGGGCUUUUUGCACCGCGACAUCAAGCCGGAGAAUUUCCUCAUGGGGGUACAGAAGAAGGCCGGGGAUGUGUACAUCAUCGACUUUGGCCUCGCGAAACGUUACCGGAACCCCAGGACGAAUCAGCACAUCCCCUUCCGCAACGACCGGAAGCUGACGGGCACGGCCCGGUACGUGAGCAUCAACACCCACCGGGGCAUCGAGCAGAGCCGCCGGGAUGACCUGGAAGCAAUCGGCUAUGUGCUGAUGUACUUCGCCAGGGGCAACUUGCCCUGGCAGGAGCGCUACCUGGGCGUAGGCAAGGGGGGCACCAAGGAGGACAAGUACCGAAGAAUCCUCGACAAGAAGGAGAGCACGCCCUUGGAGGUCUUGGGCAAGCCUGCCCCCCCGGAGCUGAACGCCUAUGUCACCUAUACUCGCAACAUGGGCUUUGAGGACCGCCCAGACUACGCCUGGUGCCGCUGGCAGUUCAUCAUGAUCCUCAUGCGGGAGGCGGGCAACGGCUUCGACCGGGGCCUGGACUGGGAUUGGGACCUCCGCUACUCCCACGAGAAGGAGGAGGCGGUGGCGCGGUAUGGGGAAGGCGCAGUGGACCACGAGCUGCCGUUGGCGGACAAGCUGCGGAGGGACGGGGACCGCUCCCGGAAGGUGGCGCCCAUCUUCCACACCGCCAAAACGGGCGGGGAGAAGGAGAAUGUGGGCGAGUCCCCACAGGCAGCCGGGGAUAUCUCUGGGAGCGCGGUCCAGGCAGCGCUGACAGAAGUCUCCGCAGACAACCCGGAGACCACCAUGGGCACCCCCGUGUCCAAAGGCGUAGGCUUAGCCAAGACCUGGGGUGAAGGACGACUGAUACGCACGGAGGAGGACAAGGACAAGCCGGAGCUGGUGGUUUUCAGCCAACCGGCUGGCGCACCUUUCCCCAUCGGCCGCGGGAGCAGUUGCGAGCUCACGCUCGCUGGCAUCACUGGCAUCAGCGUGCAACACUGCAGUCUGCGACUCGAGGAUGGUGAGCCAUUGCUGUCGGACACCUCCUUGAACGGGACCUACGUGAACGGGGCUCUGGUGGGCAAGGGCAAUGAGAGAGUGCUCCCCACCGGCGCUGUAAUCACCUUCAUCAAGAACAAGCCCUACCCCCAGAUGGUCUUCAUCGCGAAGUGA